AUGAAAAAUAGAAAAAAUUCGGUAAAAUCACUUUUAUCCCUUAAUCCUUCAACUUUUUUAGAUUCGAAUUGGUCUGAUUCACCGAGGUUGUCACAACAACUCUUAGCUUACUAUAAAUCCAAAUCAUUAAAGUUAGAAAAGGAUUAUGAUGAUCUCCUUAAAAUUAUUCAAGAAGUUAAACAAGUUUGUGAUUUAACAAAUGAACUUCAGUUGGAAUUGAACUUGAGAACAGAAGAGGUUUCUAAACUUCAACAAUUAAUUGGUGAUUUACAGGUACAACUCUUUAGGGAAAGAGAAGAAAAUAUAAGAAUUAGUGCUGAAAAUGAUAAUUUAAAAAUACAAAAUUUUGAAAAUCAAAAAAAAAUCAAUAUGCUUAUGAUGAUCAAUGGGAUUACCGAUAAAAAAUACUAUCAUUUUAUGACAAACGAUUUUCAGGACAAGUUGGUAUCGUCAAAGCUUCCCCCAAAGUUACAGAAAUUAAAGGAGGAAAGGUAUAAAAAUUUAAUAGAGGCUCUAGAUAAUCAAAAUAAAACAUCAGGAACAGGUGAUUCUCAAUUAUCUGCUUUAAAUAAUGAAUCGCAAGAAUUUUAUUUAAAUAAUCAUGUGAAAAUUUUAAAAGAAGAAGUUGAAGUUUUAUUAAAGGAAAAAGACCUUCUCAAUGAAGAGAGAAAAAUUGAAAGACAAAGAUUGCAAAAAGAACUUGAUUUACUAGGUUCCAAAUUUAAAGAGAGUCAAGAUUUACUGUGUACAACAACUGAAAAAUUAGUUUAUUUAAAAAAAAAAAAUGAAAAAAACGAAAGUGUUUGGAUGGAAGAAAAAAAUAAAUGUUUAAAAAUUAUUCAUUCGUUAAAACUCAGAUUGGGAGAUGAAAUAACAGAUAUUUGGAGUUCUGAAAAUUCUCAUACCAGGCAAAAUUCGAAUGAAGGUUUAAAAGAAAAACAGAUAGAAAAAAAACUGGCAGAACAAUAUCAGCAAAAAAUAGUCGCACUAGAAAGUGAGGUCAAUUCACUAAGAGAAAGAGCAAACACAUGUCGUCAAAUUUUUAGAGAUAAAACAGAAAAAAUGACAGCACAAGUGGCAUAUCUUAAAAAUAAAUAUGACGAUUUGGAUAGAAGAAGACUUUUGGAAGCUGAAGGUUUUCGAACAGACAUUAAAAUGUUGAAUAAAAGACUACAAGAAUUGGAAAAAAAAUUAGUAAAGUCUGCUACUGAAAUUCAAAAAAAUGAGCAACAGCAACUUUUAGUAAGUGCAAGAAACACAUUGUACAGAGCGAAACAAUUGGAAAAGGAAUUAGAAUCUGUGAAAACUAAAUUGUAUUCACUUGAAUCCAAUCCAGAACAAAAUUUAUACUAUUAA